UAACAUGAAAUUCCUAACAUUGGCUGUUUUUGUUGCCCUUUUUGCUCUAAGUGUGGCUCAUGAUUUUCACCACGACACUAAGGAAGAAGUUCACCACGAUUAUUAUGCUCACCCCAAAUACGAAUUCAAAUAUGGUGUCAAGGAUUUGAAAACCGAGGAUAUUAAGGAGCAAUGGGAACAUCGUGAUGGUGAUAAGGUUCAUGGUGGCUACCUUCUGAAGGAAGCUGAUGGCACCACUCGCAUUGUUAACUAUCAUGCCGAUGAUCACAGCGGUUUCCAUGCUGAUGUCAAAACAAUUGGUGAAGCUAAACAACCUGAAACUCAGAAAGCCGAAAGUCAUGGACAUCAUGAACAUGCCCACGAAAUUGUCCAUGUCCAUCAUGCAGAGGAGGUGCAUGGUGCCGAAGAAGCAAAGCAUGGCGCUGAACAUGCUCAGUAUAUUGUAGAAACGCAACAUGCUGAAGAAGCUCCUAAAGGACAUGGUAAUUUGCAUUAUUUCGAUCAUAGCAAAAAAGCUGAAAGUCACUAUAGCCAUGCAACUAGCUAUGCCCACGUUGAGAAACAUUAA